AUGCAUCGUGGGGCGGGCCCGGGUACCCGGUGGCUUUGGAACUUGCAAAGGAGUGCGUCCCCACGGUCUGGCGGCGGCGCCGCGGUCUCCCUGCCCUGCGUGCAACCGCGAAGGCAGGGGCAGGGCUGGGCUGGGGCGCGCCGCCGCGGGGAGGGGACACCUCUGUCGCCCCAGGCAGCGCGGGCCGCCCCCGGGAAGCCCCAGGCCAGGCGCCGCGGGAGCCGGCCGAGUCCGAGGCCCGAGAGCCGCGGCCCGGCCCGGGGCCGGGAGGGAGAGCGAGCCGGCUGGGGACACCGGCAGGGCGCGCCCAGCCAGGGCGACAGAAAGGCCGAGCGGGAGUCCGGCUCGGCCAGGGGCAGCCCUCACCCGGCCGCGCUUACCCGGCUCCGCGGGGUCCGAGCACCAUCGCCGCCGCCGCCGCCGCCGCUGCCGCCUUCACACAAAGGCCCCGGCCCGCCGUGCCCGGCCCGACGAGGAGGCGGCGCCGCCGGCCGCGGCCAGACUCUCCAUCCGCCGAGCCGCUCGCCGUGCCGGCCCGGGCCGCCCCCGCCGCCCGGCCCGCAGCGCCCCCCGCCGUCCCGGAGGAGGCAGCGCCCCCCGCCGCACGGCCCGCAGCGCCCCCCGCCGUCCCGGAGGAGGCAGCGCCCCCCGACGGCCAGGCGGAGCCAAGAGCCCACGCUUAGCCCCCGGGCAGUGAAAAGCUAG